AUGGCAAGAACAUGCCAUACAGCUACAUUAUACAAUUUACGGGGUAGAUAUUUCUCAAAUGCGCCAAACUUACCCUUUGGUGAGAUCUAUCAUCCCAGACAAACUAAGGAGAAGGCUCUCCAGGCCCAGAUAGUUGAUAAAAUCCCCUUUGAUAUGGUGGAUGCAUGGCUUGAACGCAACGAAAUUGCAGUAAAUACAAAGUUAGAAUAUAUGCCUCAACAAUUCGCUGAAGCCAGGGUAAAGUAUGCCUCAAACCCAGUAGACUUUGUUUUAUCAUCACUAUUACGUCACUGCACUCAAUCUAUAUCGGAAGGUGCUAGUCCAGGGGUCUGUAAUAGAAAGAGAAGAAAGACUAACAACUCUAGACAAUCGGAUUUUUGCGAUAAAACUGAGAAGAAAAGGUUUAUUGACGGUGCUGUGGAUAAAAUAGCUGAAUGUUUUAGUGAACUUAACGGUGCAGAAUGUGGAAUUAUAUUGAAAUGUUUUGUAAAACUUGGAUAUAAAAAUCCACAAUUACAAGCACGUUUAAUACGUAAGACCGUUGAAAGAGGUCAAAUAUUCACUGAGUACGGUCUUUUAUCUGCACUUAACACUAUUGUUGAUUGCUUGCAUGAUAGUUCAAGUUUAGAUGAUGUUGAUACUCCGCAGAGACUCUUCGAUUCAGUGAGCCCGGCAAUUUUGAAAAAUUUACGAAAAUUUAGCCUAAAAUCCCUCUCCAUUUUGGUAAACAUAUUAUCAAGGUCAAAGUUUAAUGUAAGCAGGUACCUUAAUGAGAUUUGUAAUCUCAUCCUCUCAGAAAAUUUAUCACUUAAACAGGGAGAUGAUAGUAAUUUAACCUCUGAGAAAAAGGAAUGGAGCGAAAAUGUAGUACACUUCAUAGCGAAUGGAUUUUCCAGAAAAAAUAUCCUAAACAAGAAACUGUUUGAUUUUUUAGAGGAGCAUAUAAAACCUUCUUGCCAUAAUUACAAUGUUGACACAUUAGUAUCGUUAUGUAAUGCAUACUCCAAAUUCGGUCCCGCAAAUGAUUCCGGAUAUCUAGAAUUAUAUUGUCUUUUAGCUAAAAAGAUUAUAGCAAGGAAAAAUGAAUUGACCAAUCGUCACAUCUGUGUUGUAGCAAAUGCAUUUUCCAAGGUGCUUGUAUGUCAUGAGCAUCUAUUAUCGGUGAUAGAUAGAAUACUUCCUAUUAGAGUGGAUUCUUUGGAUCAUCGUCAGGCUUCAAUGAUCAUACAUGCAUUUGGAAGGCUUAAAUACAAGUCAGAUAACCAUGUACUUUUGUGGAAUAAGUGUACCAGGAUGCUCGAAGGUCAUUCCUGGCAAAGUCUAACUAUGAUUUUUCAAGCAUAUACAAAAGGUGAACAACUGGAUGAUGUAACUUCUAGAACUUUUUGCCAGCGUUUUUAUCAGCUAUUUUUGUCGUUGGAUGAGAGCAAAAGUUCUGGGACAACUAAGGCUGAAAACCUCCAACCUAUAACGCUUUUGUCAUUGGUUUAUUCUCUUGUCAAAUCAAGAAUUCUGUUUCAUACCGAGCUACUACUAAUGAUCGCAAACGAAUGUAUAAAAUGUUUAAAUAUUUACAAAGGCGAUGAAAUCGCUAACUUAACCUAUGCGUUUUCCAAAAUUUAUUCAAAAUAUAAUGCUACUUGUGACAAAAGUGGUAAUUCAGACAGUCAACUUGUCGAGAUAUCCCAUAAGAUUUUACUGAAUAUAUGCAAGAUAUUGGAUGAUCCUAGGGCUGAUAUUCCAACAUUUUCGGUGGUAAAAAUAGCGAAAGCGUUUGGGGACUCCUCCUUCAUACCUGCCGUCUCAUCUAUUAUAAAUCUUGUUAGGAGGAACAUAUUAUUACUGGAAACAUUCUCAUAUUCACACAUAACAAUUUUGAUAAAUUCUCUCUCAACAUUGGGUGCCCAUGAUGCUGAUUUGUUAACUAUUUUGCAGUCGAUCAAGCAUAGAAAAGGUACCAAAACGAAAAUAAAAAAUACUCCUGAGAUAUAA